AGCGCAUAUUCUCAGCAUCUAGGGCUCUUCUAUAUAACAACGUUCUCUUCACUGCGUAUAGGUAUCGCCGACUAGUAAGUGACAUCAAAAAGAAUCGACAAUGGAGCAAACUUUCAUCAUGAUCAAGCCCGACGGCGUCCAAAGGGGUCUGAUCGGUCAAAUCAUCUGCAGGUUCGAGCAGAAGGGUUUCACUUUGAAAGGUCUAAAGCUGAUCACAGUGGACCGUCCAUUUGCCGAGAAACACUACCAGGACUUGUCAGCCAAGCCCUUCUUCAGUGGCCUUGUUGAUUACAUAAUCUCUGGCCCAGUCGUUGCAAUGAUCUGGGAGGGAAAGAAUGUUGUGUUGACGGGAAGGAAGAUCAUCGGAGCAACGAACCCUGCAGCAUCUGAACCAGGAACCAUCCGUGGGGAUUUUGCUAUUGACAUUGGGAGGAACAUUAUCCAUGGGAGUGACUCGGUGGAGAGUGCUAACAAGGAGUGUGCGUUGUGGUUCCCUGAUGGACCUGUGAACUGGCAGAGCAGCCUUCAUUCUUGGAUCUACGAAUGAUUCUCUAUCGUUUUGUGAUCCUUUGUUUCGGUUGUUGUUUACAUGUUUCUCUCCUUUGUUUUUGUCGCAAGCUCUGUUGCUUCCGCCUCUUUGCAUCUUUCUUUUUUUUUUUUGAAGUUUGAAUCUCAGAACAUGACUCUGUUUUUUUUUUUUUUGUGAGGGUUUCUUUGAACGUCUUAUAUAUUCUCUCUUUCUACCCGA